ACUUUAUUCAGUUGACAGCAAGUAGGAGGGCUCUAUGGCAGGGGAAAAAAAGACAACACGAGAAAAAUUAGUAUUUUCUACCUUCAGAAAUUAAUGGCCAUGAGUUCGUAUAUGGUGAACUCUAAGUAUGUGGAUCCCAAAUUUCCUCCUUGCGAGGAAUAUUUGCAGAACAGCUACCUAGGCGAGCAGGGGGCCGAGUACUACAGUGCCUCGCAGGGCUCUGAUUUCCAGCACCAGGGACUCUACCCACGGUCAAACUACAGCGAGCAGCCCUUUAGCUGUAGCAAUGCCCAAGGCUCUGCCGUGCAGCCGCGGGGUCACGGACAGGAGCAAUCCGGCCCAGCGAGCCACUUCCCCGGCCAAGCAGAGCAUUGUCCACCGCCUCCAAUGCCCAACCCGCGAGCCUGCAGCCAGCAGCCGGCCCUCAAACCCCCAAACGGCUCCGCAGUUAAGCAGCCGGCAGUAGUUUAUCCCUGGAUGAAGAAAGUCCAUGUUAACUCGGUGAAUCCCAAUUACAACGGAGGGGAACCUAAACGCUCCCGCACAGCUUACACCAGACAGCAAGUCCUAGAACUGGAAAAAGAAUUUCAUUUUAACAGGUACCUGACCAGGCGCCGCCGUAUCGAGAUAGCCCACACUUUGUGUCUCUCUGAGCGCCAGAUCAAGAUCUGGUUUCAGAACAGAAGAAUGAAGUGGAAAAAAGAUCACAAACUGCCCAACACGAAGGGCAGGUCUUCUUCCUCUGGUUCAAACCCCCAUUUACAGACUGGUUCCAAGGACCAUCAGACUGACUUGACAACUUUGUAGAAGAGGUGAAAUUUUCCAUUUCAUCCUUCGCUUCUGACCAGUACUGUACAUAACUGACACUGCCCAAGCAGAACCUGCAUGUAGCAGCUAAGGACUCAAGAAACUGUCAUCUUUCUUUAAGGUACUGUUGUACAAAGGAGACAAAAUGACGCUACUUUGGACUUUAUUUUAUUUGCCUCUGUUAGCACAACCUAAAAAAGGAAAAAAAAAAGGGGGAAAGAAAAAAAAAAAAGAAACAUCAUAUAGGCAGUGGGAAUUGGGAAAAUAUUAAACGAGACCUUCUGUCCAUAAAAAGUAAUAAAUCAUUGAAAAUGAAACUGUCCUGUGUUUCAGUUUUGAAUUCAAAAGUGAAGGUUUGAUGCUUUGUUCUGGGAUUCUUACUUUUAAUUGUCUUUUUAUCCCAUGCAAUUUCGGGAGGAUGCAUUUAGGCAAGAUGAGGACAGGAAAUUUAUAGUAUAGUCUUUUAUUUGAACAUAAAGACUGGUAAUUGUGAACUUUUUGUGCUGCUUUACCUUUCUUGGUGUAAUGAAAGUACUUGCUCAUUUCCAUAACGUUUCAGAAGGUGUGCAUAGGAAUUAAGUGAAAACGGGUUAUUUUAUGUACUGAUAGCGUUAGCGUAUUUAUUUAUUUGUUAAGUAGAAGAGUG